AGUGGGGUUGGUGUGCGCAGUGCGGUCAGUACCCGAUACAUUCGCUAGAACGGUGCCUCAUUGAAAAGAUGGGCUCGGAAGAAGCUCGCUCGCAAGGAAGGAUUCGUAGUUAGAACAAGCAGAAGAUAACUGCUGUGCGAAAGGAUUUCUGGUACCGCCAUUACGAAUAUACAGACACAUAAAGAACCUUUACAGUGAAUUCCCGGCGUGUGCGUGGUGUGCGUUCCCAGUGUUUUCGGGCGUUUCUUUUUCCCGGUCCAUUUGAUGGUGUGCGAAGUUGAAUCCCUCGAGUCGAGUGCAAUUUGCGGCCAUAGUUUGCCUUUGCCAAAAGGAGCCGGAAACACCUUUUGGCUCGCCGUGCACCGCCGCUGCUCCGGUGGAAGUCUGUGAACAUUUAGCUUACCACUGUGACGGUAAAAUGAAGAAUCGGUAUACCACGAUCAGUAUCAAGCUUGAGCAUAAGAGAAGCUGGUGAGAGGAUCAAGUAAAUGUAAUGAGCGACAAACGGAGUCGUCGACAGAAGGCAGCAGUCGAAGCAAAAAGAAUUUGUUUUACUGCUAAGGAAAGUGAAUGCGGAAAUUGGCUAUCGGCAUCGUCACCGACAUCGACAUCGGAUUCUUUCAGCAGCAACUCGCGUACACACAGAAAGGGCUUGCUGAUUUAGCAUCUUUCUGGUAUCAUUGGAUCCUCAUCACCAAGCGCUUCAAAGGGUGCACUAUCGAUGGUGUUGGGUCGCCAUAAACCAUAGAUUCGUUAUUCUCGUCGACGUGCAUGUAUGCAGGACGACGGCCGAUCUCCUUACAAUGUCGCACCAUUUCGCUGCCUACGCCAGUCUAAAGCUAUUGAAGAACGUGUAGAGCGAGUCAACUGCAAGGAUUUCUAAUAGUUCCUUUCCUUUUAAGAGCAACUGUAUUUAUAUUUAUAUAUUUAUUCGUCAAACCGUUUUCAUGAAUAAGCAUAUUGUUUAAGCCGUCUUAUUGGAUUGUGGAUAACGUAAGACAGCAUCCGUUGCACCAGCGAUAGGUAUUCAUUCCGUGAAUGUUGAAAAAAUGUCCAUUAGCCUAUGCAUAUCGAAUGCUUGUGGCUCGUCCUCUAUCGUUGCGAUGCAAUCGUCUCAAGCGACCAGUUCGUCGAUGGAUCGAGAUCGCCAAACUAGCGAUGGUAGUGAAAAAGGGCAAAGCACCAGUAAAACAUACAGAAAAGCUGUAAUGCCACAGUACCAACCUGCCGCGGUGCCGACGAUGUACGGCCCAAACAAAAGCCAAAAGUCUUACAACAACUCGUCGAACCGGAAGAAGCAGCAGCAGCAGCAUUUAAUCAACAGUCUCAAGUCGUGGAAUCUGCAGAUAGCGCCCAGUGGGCUCGAUAAACCCGACGACGAACUGUCGACAGUAAACGCCGCAGCUAGUCAGAAAACGGAGCUGGCUCGCCCUUUUGCAUCCAAAUGCACUGCUCCAGCAAAAUCCGUGCAAGAUAACACAACGACCUCCGUUGGAGAAUGCAUCAAAUCGGCGACAUCGAAGAAGAAGGUGCAAGAAUAUAAAAGCAGUAGGUGUAAAGCUGAGGAAAUGAAGGAGCAUGCCUUGACGAGAUUGGCCGCACUCAAGAUCGAUCGCGACGUCACUAGCAAUCCCAAGGAGCAAUCAAAAACUAAGCACACAAAAUCGCUUGAUCUCGCUACGGAAGAGUCCGUCGGUGUAGAUAAUGGUCAUAGCUAUGCAUGUCCUGCUCAUCUCAGCGACGCGGUGACGAGCUUGUCGACGGAAGCAUCUUCUGGAUGUGCGGUCGAAGUGACUGGAAAGCCAAUCCCUGCACUAGCUGUGGCGGAGCCCCAAUCAUCAUCAUUCGCUACGAAAGGAAGUCAUCAUAAGAACUCACACAAAUCAUAUGCGCGUUCAUCAACCACAAACACUGCCAGUUCUUCAGCUGUACCAACCAGCGUUACUUACAAUUUGGCAACAGACACGCCGGCAGGUGGAGGUCGGAACGGCAAAGACUAUACCACUGUGCCUGACCAGCCACACGUAUCCGUAAUGUCGUUGAUGUUGCAGGGAAGUUCGAAGCAAAACGAUUCCCUUCGAUUGGACUAUUUUGCCGAUGAUUUGUCGGUAGCUUCCUCCCAUUCGAAAACCAUCCUUCCAAAUCAAUACGCUGGUCAGCAUCAAGGCUCGUACAUUCCUACGCUCGGAGCCCAGCAUUCGUCGAAACAACAGGCCCUGAUCAAUCGCCAAGAUCAUCAUCAUUCGAUGCCACAGAGCAAUAAUACAUCCCCCAACCAAUACAAAUUCGAUUUCCUGCGUGAUGUUGGGUUAAAAAUGUCUCUUGUCAACGUAGCCGGUGCAGGAGGAACCAAUACUUCCACCGGUGACAUUUCCAUGUAUCGCGCCUCAUCGCAAGCAAACUAUAACUUUACGCAACAAUUCCAGCAGCACAUGAUGCAGCACCAUCAAAGCAACCAAUUGCAUCAGCAAAAUCACAGCUCCAGCCACCAGUCACCGCAUCAGCCGCAUCAGCAGCUAGUACAGCUUCACCGGCUUGUGCCGCAACAGCCUCAGUAUGGUAGAGCGCAAAAUGUGUAUGGGGGCGAUGACCUGUCUGCACAACAUUGCGGGUUGAGCGACCCGCAAGGGUUCUCCAAUUUCACCCUCCUGAAUGCGGUCGAGGGCCACAGCUCCAUACAUGUUGGUAAAAAUUUUGAGCUAUCGUCCUACCAGUACCAGCAGAACGGUGGCCAUGUCCACUCGCAACACCCGGCAAUGCAAUUUAAGCAACAGCUUUUGGAUCAGCAGCAGCAGCAGCAGCAGGCGCACCAUCCUGUUCAGAUCCAAAACUAUCACCAGAAUAAUAACUACCAGUAUCAUAACCGCAAUGGCCAUAGCCAAGGUGGCAAUCAAUUAGGCUACUCGUCACAGGGUGCCGGAAGAGUGAUUGGUACAGUGACGGGAAGAGUGGAAGACGGUGGACGGAAUGGAGCGAAUGGAAAAAAGUUCUGGAACACUCACGGUAAAGGAAGAAACAGCUCGUACCAGGCUAACAACGGAAGUAAGCAGGUUGGCAAGCUACAAAGUGCUGGAUUUGGAUAUCGAAAGAACUAUCACAAUUACUACAGCCAUCCUGCUAGCGGUGGAAAUCACUUCUACGAAAAUAUCACGAUUCAGCAGCAGCAACAUCAGCAGCAAGCUCAGCCCCAUCACCAUCACAAGCAGCACCACUUGCAUCGGAACUUGGUGUACGUGCGGGGAUAUGACAGGGGUCACGGUGCUGUCUCCUCGCACGAUUGCACCAAUGGAAACCAGCACCACGAAGCGGAACAGACAGAACCAACCUAUUCCGCACCGUCAAGCCCUCCGGAAGGCAGCAGCACAGUAGAGACCACUACCAACCGUUCGGAAUCGGUCGAAAAGAGUGGCGGCAAUGAUCCAGCCAAUACAGAACCUAAAGCUAAAUCCGACGCGCAAGACGCGCUCAUCCAUGAUGGCUAUCGAGAGGCGGAAAGCGGUCCGGAAAAGGUUAAAACUUACGAAUUGCAUGAAGAGCGUGUUUACAGCUCUCGGAAACUGUGCAGCGUGCCGCGCUCAUCAUCGUCCUCAUCGGUGGUGUCAAUCCCGUCGACUGAGUCAUCGGUAAUGUCGUGCAACACAUCUCAGCACGAAUCUGCACUCGCCAAUGGGCACGACUACGAGUCGGAUUCUUCACACUCUUCCGACUAUCGCGAGGGCACAUUCCACUAUUCGAAGUAUAACGAUACGAACGAAAGUCAAGGGACCCGUUCGUCCUCAUCCACCUCAUCGGGAGUAUCGUCUUCCUCCACAACAUAUCCACCCUUGAAAGAGUUUGUCCCGUCGGCGCCAUCAUCGUUGCAUGCCUCGACCGCAGGACUUGUUGGUGAGUUUAUCGUGCGCAGUCAAAGCUUUCAUGGAUCGCACCAGAACCUCACGGCAUUCGGUAAGGGUGGUAGUAUUGCCAGGAGCGAUAGUCCCCCAAUUGGAUCACCGAAAUCAAUACCUAGGACGGUGACGGGCACACAGUCAGUGCCGGUUUUCGGGGAACUUUUCGACAGCACAAACCAUUGCUCAUCCAAUCCAAUCCAGUUUAUCCAUAGUCAGUCGGCGGAUAACUUUGGGAGUAGCGCUUCCCUAGAAUUGGCGCUGCAUUCCGCAGCAACCAACUCUUCAAGCUCGUCGUCUCUGUCUGCGUCAUCGGUGCCGCCCAACGAUGUUCAGUCGAUGCAGAGCGGACAUCCAAAGACACGCAGUCAAUCCGGCCGCACUUCUCCAACCAAAACGAACGUUCACUACCGAUCAAACACAUCGACGGUAGCCGGUUCUUCCGUAUUGUUUUCUAACGCCACCACCAAAGUACAGCUGCCCAGUGGUGCGGGCAAUGGACGCAAGAACAUCCAUGCAGCGUCGCUGAGUGGUGCCUACCGUCCUGCGCUACUUGGCGAGUUUCAUCAGGCCACGCCUGCUGAUCGCUUCAUUUUGCGUGCACACGAUGUGGAGAUGAAGGUUCCUCCCGAUGUGCUGACGAAUGGUAGCGUGUGGGACGAUUUGUCGACGGCCAUUUGGGAAAGGUUUGCUGCCGCGCAGCAAUCGGAAGAAAAGUACAUUCAAAAGAUGGAACUGUGGCGUGAGCUGUACAUUUGCAUCAAGAAAGGCUUUCCGAAGUAUAGUCUCUAUCUGGUCGGCAGCACGAUCUCGGGCUUUGGCGCCGACAGUUCCGAUGUGGAUAUGUGCCUUGUAUCGCGGAGCGGUCCGAGUUGUUACGAUCAUCGUUUGGAGGCACUGUUUAGCUUGUCGUUGGUGAAGGAAUACUUUAUGAGCAUGCCGUCGUCCAGCUUCAGCGAGUUCAGCCUGAUCCAGGCGAAGGUUCCGAUUCUUCGUUUUCAGGAUAGCAAGAAUGGCAUUGAGGUGGAUCUUAACUUUAACAAUUGCGUUGGAAUUAGAAACACUCAUUUGCUGCACUGUUACGCACAGAUGGAUUGGCGCGUCAGACCGUUGGUGUUGAUGGUGAAGCUGUGGGCUCAGCAUCAUAACAUAAACGAUGCGAAGAACAUGACUAUAUCUAGCUACUCUCUCGUUUUGAUGGUCAUUCAUUUCCUGCAGUGUGGAACCAGCCCACCAAUUUUGCCGUGCUUACACGCUAUGUAUCCGGAGAAGUUUAUGAAAAUUAUCGACAUUCACAAUAUAGAAAUGAUCGAACACAUCGAACCAUAUCAAACCGAUAACGAAGAUAGUUUGGGCGAGUUGUUGUUAAACUUUUUGGAAUAUUACACCAAGUUCGAUUACGAGCGUUACGCCAUAUCCGUGAGGACAAGUUCCAUCAUGCCGAUUGAAGAAUGUCGCCUAGCCAGAAGCUACAAAAACGAUCCCCAUCAUUGGAAGCAUCUGUGCAUAGAAGAGCCCUUUGACUUCACCAACACCGCUCGGUCGGUAUUUGAUGGGGACGUGUUCGAACAGAUAAAGUCAACCUUUGCAGCUUCGUGGCGAAUGUUGAAGGAGAACAAGAAGUUGAAUGUCUUGUUCGGUGAACCGUUGUUCACACCGGUCACCUCGACACUGUCCAUCACUUCGUGAUUACUGUUCGUGUUCGCAAGAACAUUUCUCUGAAACGCUCCAAUCGAUUCUCUGCUAUACAAAGUAAUUAAAAAAACAAAAAACAAAACGUAAACCUGGUUUGAAAAGACUGACGUUUGGAAGCAUGGGACAAGUUGUCUGUGUCUGUAUCAGUGUGCGAUCAGCGAUGGGCCAUGGGGUGAUGAUGCGCCGUAAGCAGCAGAAAGCAUUUAUCUUGAUAAAUGAUCUAAACUUGUCAGCAAGGAAGCCAAGCUAACACUGAUACAAGUAUUUUGAUCCAUUAAGCAAUUAACUCGCUGCCAUUUUGUAGAAAUGUACGGCUUAAGCAAUACUGUAAUUACCGUGAUCGUUAACUAUUAUCGUAAGAAUCGGCAGGCAUGCAGCGGUAGAUUGAAACCAAUAUAUUCCCCGAUGCUCGUGAAGUUGCUGCACAAUUAUUGAUGAGUGGAGCUGAGUGGUGCUUAAGAUAGAAAAAAAGCAUGAUAAUUGUAGUAGUAGAGGACGCCUAGCAAGGAACGGAAGCAAACGGGAGCUAUGAAGCAAACAAAGACACAAAUCAAGGUGAUGUCUGGUAAUGCCGGAAAAGUAUCAUUGAAUGAUCUCGCUUAGAAAAAAAGUUUAACGUAACCGGUGCCAUUAAAAAGCGAUACCGUCAACGUGUGGACGACACGACGGUUCUGAAAAGGAACCAUACCAACAAUACGGAUAGCUGUUAAAUAAAUGGCGAUACCCAGCAAAACAGAUCCCUAGGGUCUACAGCUGGCGAUACUGUCGGAUGUUGUGAGGACCAAACACGAAGGAGGACUCCUUCGGUUAAGGAGGUAGCGUAGACAGAUCGAAGCUAGAAUUCACAGUUCGUACGAUGCGUGACGAGACAGCGUUUGGAUGGAUGACCGGUUUUAUUGUAUUGCAAUCGGACUGCUCGGAAGUAUUUCGUUGUGGUAAUGCUAUUCUAUCCCUUAAAGCAAUCGUUUGUCAAGCGAGUGGGACUUUGUUGAUAAUAUUGAAAGCAGUGAUUGGAAAAUGAACGUUAUUGAGCCUGUGUCGCAGCAGGAGCUUCACAUUCAAAAGCAAUAAAUACAUACAUAAUCGAAGGUAGAAAAGCAAGCAACACCUUUCAAACAACAAUCGAACCGAGCACCCAUCGUCACGAAUCUAAAACAACACUUUCAUGAAAGUAUCCGUCAUUUAAUGAAAGGUGCGUGUAAAAGUAAUAAAAAUUCAUGGCUGUGAAAUGUAAGCUAGGGAAUACAUAGAGGAGGCCGACCUAAUCGGCAUUCGUAGCGAUUCUGCGCAAGUGUUACAGUAGCGCGCAGAGAAUGUGGCGGAGGACGAGGGAGAAUAAUUUAUAUUAUAUUUUUAGAGUUAAUUUAUGCGAAGAGAUCUAUGAUGCGCGUACACUGAACAAGCGCCAGCGAAAGGAAAAAGGCACUGAAAGCAUAUCGGAGCAGGAGAUUCUGAUUCAACAGCAGUAAUCCAAUGCAAUGUAACACAAGAGUAGUGCGGUUGCUUGAGUGCCGCAAGGAUUGGGAAACUCCGAGACUGAAAGGUAAAGCAGAGAAGCAAACAUCAAUAAGGGAGUGUAGAUUAGAAGAAGAAGCGAAAAUUGUUGCGCAAAAUACUUAAUUGGAAUGUAAAGCAUCUAUGUGUGGAUGAGAAAGGAAAACAGAAAACGUAAGACCCAUUUAUGAGCGGCAUUUAGGAAGUGCGUUUGGAAGAGCGAGGUAGGAAACCGAGUAACAAACAAAACAAACACAAACACAAAAAAAAAGGAAAGAAGAUGAGAUGAUUCUGUAGCAAUGUGAAGUGCAUAAAUUUUGUAACCCUCAUUUUUGGCGCUUGCGAUCGAAAAAAAGGAACAAAAACAAUUUGAAAAGGAAAAAAAAAGUUGGAGGAAUCGUGAUUCAAAACGAA